AUGAGCAAUAGCGGUACAGGCUCGUUUCCGUCGGAUCCCGACAGGAAAGAUGUCUGGGUCCCCGAUCCUACUCAGGGCUACGUGGCUGCCUAUGUGGUGCGUGAGCAUGCUGGGGACAGCGAGUGUUGUUUGGCCAACGGCACCGUAGUGACUGUCCCCACCUCGUCACUGAGCGAGAUGAACCCACCCAAGUUCGACAAGGCAGCGGAUAUUGCUGACCUGACAUACUUGAACGAAGCGAGUGUCGUUCACAACCUUCGUCAGCGCUAUUUCAGCGAUAUGAUCUAUACGUAUUCCGGUUUGUUCUUGGUCGCUGUGAACCCGUACCAUGCCCUUCCCAUCUACACGGAGGCCGUGGUAGAUAUGUAUAAGGAGAAGCGCCGCGAGGAGAACCCACCGCACAUCUUUGCCGUCGCAGAUGGUGCGAUGCGAAGUAUGCUCGAGCACCAAGAGAACCAAUCCCUCUUGAUUACGGGUGAAUCCGGUGCUGGUAAAACGGAAAACACCAAGCGUGUGAUUCAAUACCUUGCCGCAACAGCUGCUGAUGCGGAUGCUACCGGACCUUGGCGCUCAGGCGAGCCUUUGGGCCUGCUAGAACGUCAGAUCCUGGAAGCCAACCCCAUUCUGGAAUCGUUCGGUAACGCUCAGACGGUACGAAACAACAACUCGAGUCGUUUCGGCAAGUUUAUCCGCAUUGAAUUCUCGGCCACAGGCACGAUUGCCGGCGGUCACGUCGAAUGGUAUCUGCUGGAAAAGAGCCGUGUGCAUAGCCGCAGCGCGAACGAGCGCAGUUUCCAUGUGUUUUACCAGCUGCUGCGUAGCCAUGAUCAGGCCUUGCUGGAUAGUUUGGCUUUGUCGAACUACCCAGAAGACUACGCGUACCUUGCGUCCACACGCAAGCAUGUGGAAGGCAUCGACGAUACUGUGGAGUUCCGGCAGCUCCUCGAAGCGUUGCGUACCAUGGGCUUUUCCUCGCAGGAAGAGCACUGGCUUUUCCUGGUCGUGGCGUUGAUCCUUCAUCUCGGUAACAUUUCGCUCUCUGAAGACCGCUCUGGACAAGCGCGUGUGGACAACAUGCAGCAGCUUACGCUGAUUAGUGAACUGAUGGGCGUAGAGCCAACGCAGCUGCACAAUGCCCUUGUGCGUCCUACUGUCCGCGCAGGCCGCGAGAUGGUGACGCAGGCACGUACGAAGAAGCAGGUGCAGGAUGAAAUUGCGGCCCUAUGUAAAACCAUGUACGAGAAGACGUUUGGGUGGCUUGUGGACCGUAUCAACACGGUUCUCGAUCGACCGACCAGCAAGUCACAGUUUAUCGGUGUAUUGGAUAUUGCCGGUUUCGAGAUCUUUGAGACCAACUCGUUCGAGCAGCUUUGCAUUAACUAUACCAAUGAGAAAUUGCAGCAAUUUUUCAACCAUCACAUGUUCAUGCUUGAGCAGCAAGAGUAUGCUCGUGAAGAUAUUGACUGGGACUAUGUCAACUUUGGCCUGGAUUUACAGCCGACCAUUGACCUGAUUGAGUCGUCGUCGCCCAUCGGUAUUCUUGCUACCCUGGAUGAAGAGUGUAUUAUGCCGAAAGCUAGUGACGCUACCUUCACCGAGAAAUUGAUCGCUACGUGGGGUCCUGCGAAGGGCCAAGCCAUGACGGCCGCCUCGUCGAAGUUUGUGCCGUCGCGCCAAGUGAAGCGUUUCAUGGUGCGUCACUAUGCUGCCAAUGUGGAAUACAGCACCGAUGGCUGGCUGGAUAAGAACCGCGAUCCUCUGAACGAUAAUAUCACACGCGUACUCGCUGGCGCGUCGCACGAGUUCUUGGCCUCGUUAUUUGUCACCAUGGUAUCGUCUGACGACGCUGGCGCGCCACGUAGUCGUCGCGGGGCUUUCCGCACGGUGGGCCAGCGCCACAAGGAGCAGCUGGCGUCUCUCAUGGCACAGCUUGACUCUACACAGCCGCACUUUGUUCGCUGCAUCGUGCCGAAUUCGGACAAACGCCCUGGCCGCAUGGAUCUGCCGCUCGUACUGGAUCAGUUGCGAUGCAAUGGUGUGCUAGAAGGCAUUCGUAUUGCGCGUCUAGGUUAUCCGAACCGUACCUUAUUCGCCGAAUUUGUCCAGCGGUACGCUCUUCUGGCCCCGGAUACGCCUACGUCGCAUGUCAUGGACUCGCGUCUCGUAUCGCGGCAUAUUGCCGAGUCGCUCGAUCUGGACCCUGCUGUGUACCGUAUCGGUACGACCAAAAUCUUUUUCAAGGCUGGUGUCCUUGCCGAAUUGGAGGAACGGCGAAAUGUGCGCUUGCAUGAGAUCUUCACUGGUAUCCAGGCAGUAUCUCGUGGGUUUAUGGCCCGCCGGCUCGCACAGAAGCGCCUGCGUCGUAAGGCGGCAAAACAGCUCUUACAGGACAGUGCUCAGGCGUAUGCCAAGCUGCAGUCUUCUGCGUGGUGGCGUUUGUACUUGCGCCUGUUGCCGCUGCUCGCAGCGACAGAGAACGACGAAGAGGCGCGUCGGCAUGAAGUGGAAAUGGCUAUGGUACGUGAACGUGCCCAGCGUGAUCAGCAAGAGCGGGAGCGCCUGGCCGAGUUGGAACGCAAACUGCGUCAAGAGUACGCUUUGCUGGAAGAGCAGCUGGACGAUGAACGCACCAAGCAUGCGUCGACGCAUGACACGCUCACAGGCACAAUGAACCGACUGGACACAGCCGAAGCUGCUCUGGCAGAGCUGCAAGCGGAGCGUGACGAAUGGGCUCGUGAUAUGCAGUCGCUGCAAGAUCAGCUGGACGAUGGCCUGCAGCGUGAAAAGGAUCUGCAAGUCGAGCUGUCUACGGUGUCCGAGCAACUUACGCAAGAACUUACGUCGCGUGCCAACCUAGAGCACGAGCAUGGUGAGGCGAUUGCCAAGGCAGGGCAGCUGGAAGAGGAGCUGGCCACAGCGAAGCAGUCGCUGCAAGAGCAUAUGGAGCGGACUGAGCAGCACAUUGAAAGCUUGGCGGCCGAGCAUGAGGUGGAGCUUCAGCACUGGCAACAGAAACUGGAGCGGGCGGUUAAGGAUACGUCGGCUCACGAAGAACUGACCCAGCGCCUAAGCGAUGCUGAGGCCAAGCAUGCUUCGUUGCUAGAGGCGCACGAGGCGGUCGCAAAGGAAAGCGCAUCAUGGCAAGCCCGCGCCUUGGAGGCGACGCAAGCGCUUGACGCGCUCACAGCCGAGCAUGAGGAUCUGCAGACGCAGCAUGAGCAGAUCGCUGAGAAGCAUGCGUCGCAUAUCGAGACGUCAGACUCGCUGCGUGUGGCACACGAAGAAGCACAAGAGACCAUUGCCCAAUUGGAGCAAAUGCUGGACACUGAGCGUGAAAAGGCGGAGAUUGCUGCAGAUGCUCAUGCGCGUUCCAUGCUGGAUUUACAGCAGAAGUUGGAUGCUCGCAGUGCCGAAGUGCACAAACUCACAAGCCAAAUCCAUUCGCUGGAGUUGGAGAACAAACGCUUGGAGACGCUGCAGAACAAGACCACGAUUGAGCAUGUGCAUGUACUCGAGGAAGCGAAGAAAUACACGGAUCGCCAGCUCUCGGAUGUCCAGGCGGAGCUACAGGAGCUCUCGACGUACACACGCUCGCUGGAGCGCACACGCGCCCGACUCCAACAAGAGCAUGAGGCGCUGACACGCACGUCCAGCGGCUUGAAUGCGGAUGAUGCGAUUCGGCAGCGUGAUGAAGCACGUGAAGCCUUGCAAAAUGCAGAGAAGAACUCGGCUGACAAGUUGCGCAAGACGCGGGCUGAGUACGAAGUGCGUAUCCGUCAACUUGAGGACGAACUGCGUCGUGCGGAGAAAGAGAAAUCGUCGAUGCACCCCGAAAAGCCCACACCGCUCCUUGGCAAUGGGCGCAAGUCGCACACAGCGGCUGCGCGACAAGUCCUCGCCGAGAUUCAACUGGAGACCGAGCUCCUGGCCAAGGACCUGGCGCGUGCCAGUGCCAUGCGCCCCCCUACGUCGUCGUAG